CCCACGUAUGCAAAGGCCGGGAAUUUCGUCGAACACUUGGGCUGCGUUUUAAAGUUCUCCAAAUGGCGCCUUUUGCCUAAAACCUUUAACCCUCUCUCUCUCUCUUCACAGUUCACAGAGAUCUAACCUCUCUAUCUCCAAUGUUUGGCACUCCGUCUUCCUCGCCGUUCGGCACUCCGUCGUCCACGCCGGCGUUCGGUGCGUCGUCGACGCCCCCUUUUGGUACCCCUUCGUCUUCCCCGGCGUUCGGUACACCUGCAGCCACGCCGGCCUUCGGAACGCCUUCGGCACCUUCCUUCUCCUCCGGCGGAUUCGGCUCCUCACUUUUCUCUACUCCGUUCUCAUCCCAACAGCCACCGCAGCAACAGCAGCAGCAGCAGCAGCAGUCGAGCUCGCUGUUCCAGCAACCAGCAUCUUCUGGUUUUGGUUUUCAGUCACCAUUCAACACGGCGCAGCAGACGCCGCCUUUCCCAAAUGCGCAAUUGACUACUCAGAUGGCUCCUGUUGCUCCCAUUCCUUUCUCUCUCGCCGAUCGUGAUGUCCAGGCCAUCAUUGAAGCGUAUAAGGAAGAUCCGACGAAUCCCAAGUAUGCUUUUAAGCAUCUUUUGUUUAGUGUGACUGAACAACAGUACCGGGUGAAGCCUGCAGCCGUAUCAGAUAUAAUGUGGGCAGAGGCCAUGAGCAAACUUGAAGGCAUGGAUUCAACAGAAAGAGAGCGCCUGUGGCCUCAGCUUGUGCAAGGCUUUAAAGAUCUUUCUCAACGCCUUAAGCUUCAAGAUGAAGUACUCGUCUCAGACAGGGAAAGAAUAAAAACGACUCAGAGCAACGUUAAAAUGCUUCAGAGACAUUUGCAAGCACAUACCUUUCCAUCUAUUGAAAGGUUGAGACAGAAGGAGCAGAAUCUUCAAAGACGCAUGUUGAGGGUGAUGAGAAUAAUAGAGGGCUUAGAGGGGAAGGGUUUGCGGUUGCCCUUGACAAAAGGAGAGGCUGAGCUGUCUGAGAAGUUAACCGGAAUAACAAGACAGGUGAAAGGUCCUGGAGCAGAGCUUUCUAGGAGAGUGCAAAGUCUGCAGACAAUAUCUCGUGCUCAAGCAAAUUCCUUUGCUGGUGGUAGCUCCAUAUAUCUCCCGGGAUCAACUAAAAUAGACGAGCAGAGCCUGAUUGAUAUGCAGGAGGUAUUGCAACAGGAGGUCGAAGCCAUAGGAAGGCUCGGGAACGUAUUGAAGCGAGACAUGAGGGAUAUGGAAAUCAUGGUGGCUGAAGAUACAGAAAUGACUCAAGACACAUAGAAUGCGGAUCUGCAAUUACUUACUCCAGUUUCUAAUGUAUUAUUUCCUUUACUAUUGGAUGUGCACAUUGUUAUGCUCAGACACGACAAACCUAGCUUUGGACUUUAACAUGUACGUAGUAGCUGAGCUAUAAAAUCUUUAUGUAUUGUGAUUUUUUUUGUCUUUAUAGUCUUUGAAGGAGAUUUC